AGAUGGGUGUCUGAUCUGAGAUCAGAUGAGAUUGGGUGUCCCAGCAGUCAGGAGAGUUUGUUAUUGUGGUAUGUGGUUUCAAAUUUAAACACAUAUUUCGUGUUUACUUAGCAUAUAUCACGAUAAUGAUGGGGUUAGCUGAGAAAUAUGUGUUUGUAUUGUUAUAUUUUAUAGUACAGUACCUUUGUAAUUAUGGUGUGAAGGGAAUUGUUAAGAAGAUUCGUUAUUUUUUGAAAAGCAUUAAUGAUGCAUAGUUGCUGCAUAUUUAGACAAACAGGAAGUGCGCCGAACAAAAAAAUGCUUACAAAUAAACUACGAUGUUAAGCAUACUAAACAGUAAAGGUGAGACUUGUGCACUUGGCUGUAGUGCUGAUUUACUCUAGUAGGUGGGGCCUGGUGACAUCACACUCUGCCCUCUUCCUCCUCCAAUCACAGCUGUAGUGGGAAGGGCAGCCGAGCAAGGAAAAGAGAGGAAAAGACCAUGAGAAAGAUGCUGAGCCGAAGAUGUUUGUGUGUAGGUGUGUGAAGCAAACGUGUGCAAGGUUUGCAAGUCAUCAUGGAUAUGCCGGGCAGAAGGCUUGUCCGCCAUGCUCAAAGCAUGCGGGAUGCUGUGAACGGCUGGAGAAGCACCAGUAUCAUUACCUUCAGGAUAGACAUGAAGGACAGCACGACUCAGUCUGAGACCGCAAUAAGUGGUGCAUCCGAAUCCCAAAGAGGUCAAGAGCCUUCAACAGCGCUAAACCGACAGCGUUCACCGAUUGUAGACCAGAAAAGCAGCGGCCCCACAAAUGGGCGCAGUGGCAAUUUUGAGUCUGACCCGUUUGCGAGGAGAGUGGUAAAUGCGGUGCAGAGGGUCGCGCAGAAGACAGAGGAAAAACCUUCAGCAGCCACUUCGGUUCCCAAAACUAGCCGCACCAUUCGAGCCGGUAGCAAGGAAGAUGGAGAUGAUAUCUCCUUUGGGCUGACCAGCUUAAUGGGUCGAGCGAGGUCUAAAGAACAUCGCUCUCGUUCGAGGGCCGCUGAACGCAAAGAAACACAGGAAAGCCAGCAAAACAAUGAUGCAAGUGAGACACCUUUAGAGGAACCCAAACCAUCCUCCUCUACUCCACCUGCUCCUAAACCUGACCCUCUUGCCCCUCCUGCAGGCUUUUUGCCUCCUUUUAGCCCUGUUCCAGCUGCAAAGCCCAACCCACUGGCUCCGCCCACUGGGUUUAUCCCUGCCCCGAAACCUAAUCCUUCCACUCAAGCCACGCCCAAACCUGAUCCCCUGGCACCACCAGUGGGAUUUGUGCCCGCCCCAAAACGCGACCCGUUUGCCCCAGUGGCAGGGUUUAUCCCCAAACCCAAAGUCGACCCAUUAGCACCCCCUGCAGGCUUUAUUCCUGCCCCACGGAUCACUGCUGUUAAAAAGCCAGAGGUAAAGGGAGUAACAAAACCUUCUGCUGCUCCUGCCGGGAAACUUCCAGUCCAGAGCUCCUUUGCUGCAAACCAACAGGGUCCCCAAGUGAUGCCCACCACCACAGAGAAACGGCAACAUCCGGAACAGGGCUUUACAGCAAAUAAAACACCCGCCAAGGCAGUUGAGGAUCCUGUGGCAAUCCUGCAGGCUGCCCAUGAAGCUGCCAGUUUAUCUAAGGUGAAAACAGAAGAGCAGCUUCUGGCAGAGAAGGCCUGGUACAACACUGAGAAAGUCUGGCUAGUCCAUAAAGAUGGCUUCUCUUUGGCGACUCAAGUCAAGACGGACGCUGGGUCUCUUCCGGAGGGGAAAGUGAAGAUCAGACUGGAGCAUAAUGGGACGGUACUGGAGGUUGACGAGGAUGAUGUGGAGAAGGCGAAUCCUCUGUCAUAUGAUCGGGUGGAAGAUCUCUCCUCUCUUCUCUACCUCAACGAGUCCAGCAUCCUUCACAGUCUGCGUCAGCGCUACGGCGGAAACUUGAUUCACACCUAUGCCGGACCCAGCCUGCUGGUGAUCAACCCCCUCAGCACUCCUGCCAUGUACUCCGAGAAGGUGAUGCAAAUGUUUAAGGGUUGUCGGAAAGAAGAAACCGCCCCUCACAUCUUCGCCAUCGCCCAGUCUGCGUAUCGUCAGCUGUUGACCACGCGUCAAGAUCAGACCAUUGUGAUGCUGGGGAGGAGCGGCAGUGGAAAGUCUACCAGUUGCCAGCAUCUCCUGCAGUACCUGGUCAACGUCGCGGGCGGCAGUGGGAAGGUUUAUUCAGGUGAGAAAUGGCAGGCGGUCUACACGGCCCUGGAGGCAUUCGGAAACAGCAGCACGGCCAUGAAUGGGAACGCCAGUCGCUUUUCACACAUCGUUUCUCUGGACUUUGACCAGGCAGGGCAGGUGGCUUCUGCAUCUAUUCAGACAAUGUUGCUGGAAAAGUUCAGGGUGACCAGACGACCAGAGGGAGAAUCGAGUUUCAAUGUGUUUUACUAUCUGAUGGCGGGAGCAGAUGCAUCUUUAAGGACUGAACUUCACUUCAAUCACUUUGCUGAAAACAGUGUGUUUGGGAUUCACCCUCUCUCCAAGCCUGAGGAUAAGCAGAAAGCUGCUCAGCAAUUCACUAAGCUACAAGCUGCCAUGAAGGUCCUUGGCAUCUCCACUGAAGAGCAAAGAACUGUUUGGUUGGUCUUAGGUGCCAUUUACCAUCUGGGUGCUGCUGGUGCCACCAAAGCGGGCCGUAAGCAGUUUGCUCGACACGAGUGGGCGCAGAAAGCCUCCUAUCUCCUGGGCUGUUCGUUGGAAGAUCUCUCAUCCGCUAUCUUUAGACCACAUGGCAAGGGCUCUCUGCCCCGUUCAUCCAGCUUGCGGCCAAGUACAGAAGAUACUGAUAGCUCGGCGUCCAAAGCGACCGCAGCUGAAUGUUUAGAGUCCAUGGCGUCUGGUUUAUACACUGAGCUUUUCACGCUCCUGGUGUCUCUUAUUAACAGAGCUCUGAAGUCAAGUCAACAUUCUCUGUGUUCCCUGCUCAUUGUGGACACCCCUGGAUUUCAGAACCCACGGCAGGUGAAGGACCGGCGCGGGGCCACGUUUGAAGAACUGUGUCAUAAUUACACUCAAGAACGCCUGCAGAUGCUUUUCCAGGAGAGAACGUUCGUACAGGAGCUGGAGCGUUACAAAGAGGAAAACAUUGAGAUCACAUUGGAUGACUUGGAGCCCAGUCCAUCUCGAUCGGUAGCUGUGAUUGAUCAGUCCUCCAGUCAAGCCCUGAUGCGCACCCUGUCCCGGACAGAUGAGACGAGAGGUCUGUUCUGGCUGAUGGAGGAGGAGGUUUUGCAGCCGGGUGGGUCGGAGGACACAGUCUUGGAGAGACUCUUCAGUUACUACGGCCCUUCGGAAGGGGAAAGCAAAGGUCAAACAGUGCUGCUAAAGAGUGAAAAGUCGCAUCACUUCCUGCUAGGUCACACUCACGGGACCGAUUGGGUUGAAUACGACACCAGUGGUUGGCUUAACCUCGCCAAGCUAAACCCCAACCCUCAGAAUGCAGCCAAUCUCCUGCAGAACACCCAGAAAAAGAGCAUCAGUGCGAUGUUUGCGGGCCGCUCCAGCAGCGCUGCGGUUCUGACCGGUUCUAUCGCUGGACUGGAGGGCGUCUCUCAGCUUGCCAUGCGUCGGGCCACCGGCAUGAGGAAGACUUUUACUACCGGCAUGGCUGCUGUCAAGAAGAAAUCCCUCUGUCUUCAGAUUAAACUUCAAGUGGAUGCAUUGGUAGACACAGUGCGGAGAUCCAAAGUUCACUUCGUGCAUUGUCUCUUACCACGAGCGGAGGCCCUGCGGGCACCAGGGUCCCCAGAGGUGCCAGGGGAAAGCGACCCUGGACUUGUGCAGUUGGAUGUAGCUCUGCUCCGAGCUCAGGUUCGUGGCUUCAAACUGCUGGACAGCUUGAGGAUUUAUAGGCAAGGUUACCCAGAUCACAUGGUCUUCUCUGAGUUCAGGCGACGCUUCGAUGUUCUGGCUCCUCAUUUGACAAAAAAACUGGGUCGAAACUACAUCGUCAAGGAUGAGAAACGAGCCGUAGAGGAACUUUUGGAGUCUCUGGAACUGGAGAAGAGCAGCUAUCACAUGGGCUUAAGCAGGGUGUUUUUCAGGGCUGGAACGGUGGCUAAACUUGAAGCUCAGAGAGAUGAACACACCAGACAAAACAUUACACUUUUCCAGGCAGCCUGCAGGGGAUUUCUGUCCCGACAGGCCUUUAAAAAAAGAAAGAUCCAAGACUUAGCCAUCCGUUGCAUCCAGAAAAACAUAACUAAGAAUCGUGGUGUGAAGGGUUGGCCCUGGUGGAAGCUCUUCACCACCGUACGGCCUUUAGUGGAAGUUCAGCUCACCGAAGAACAGAUUCGAGGAAAAGACGAGGAGAUCAUGCAUCUGAAAUUGAAGCUAGAAAGGGUGGAGAAGGAAAGGAACGAGCUGCGACUGACCACAGAUCGUUUGGAAAGUAAAAUAACAGAGCUAACAGCCGAGCUGUCUGAUGAGAGGAACUCCGCCGAGUCUACAUCACAGCUGUUGGAAACGGAGACGAGCGAGAGACUGCGGCUAGAAAAGGACAUGAAGGAUAUGCAGGUGAAGUUUGAUACUGUGAAGAAACAGAUGGACUCCAUGGAGAUGGAGAUCAUGGAGGCCAGACUUUUCAGAGCAUCAGAGCUCAAUGGCGAGAUGGAUGACGGUGAUGAUGAUUCUGGAGGUGAAUGGAGAUUGAAAUAUGAGCGUGCAAUCAGAGACAAUGAAUUCACAAAGAAAAAACUCAAGCAGGAGUUGGAUGACAAGCUAGAGACCGAACAACAGAACAAAAAACAUGUGGAUCGAAAAUUAGCAGAGCUGCAGGCCGAUCAUGAGGAGUCUCAGCGAUCUGUCCAGCAGCUGAAGAAGAAAUGCCAGCGGUUGGCAGCUGAACUUCAGGACACCAAACUGCAUCUGGAAAAUCAAGAGGGACGCAACCAUGAACUGGAGAGAAAGCAGAGGAAGUUUGAUGUGGAGCAGAACCAGCUUAAUGAGGAACUGCAGAGGGAGAAGAACCAGCGAGAGAAACUGAACCGAGAGCGAGACAUGCUGACCGGCGAGUUAUUUACAAUCAGACAACAGCUACAGGAUAAGGACACAGAGCUAUCCGCAGUUCUUCUGAAGGUGGAGCACCUGGAAUCCGAGAUCCAGGAUCUCUCCUCUCAGGAGUCCAAAGACGAGGCAUCGCUAGCAAAGGUUAAGAAACAACUGCGCGACCUGGAAGCAAAGGUCAAAGAUCAGGAGGAGGAGCUUGAUGAACAGGCCGGAACCAUUCAAAUGUUGGAGCAGGCUAAGCUUCGUUUGGAAAUGGAGAUGGAGCGAAUGAAACAAAAUCAUUCUAAGGAGCUAGACAGUAAAGAUGAAGAAGUGGAGGAAAUCAGACUGUCCUGCACCAAGAAGUUGAAGCAGAUGGAAGUGCAGUUGGAGGAAGAAUAUGAUGACAAACAGAGAGUCCUGAGAGAAAAGAGAGAACUAGAGUCCAAACUGAUAGCGGCUCAGGAACAGGUUGGUCAUAAGGAUGUCGAGACUGAAAAACGCCUGAGGAAAGAUCUAAAGCGUACAAAGGUCCUGCUGGCUGACGCUCAGAUCAUGCUGGACCACAUGAAGAGUAACGUGCCCAGCAAAAGAGAAAUCUCCAUCCUUAAAAAUAAGUUGGAGGAGUCGGAGUUCGCCUGUGCGGCUGCAGUUAAAGCACGCAAGUCCAUAGAGCUGGAGAUAGAAGACCUUCACAUUCAAAUGGAUGACAUCACUAAAUCCAAGAUGUCUCUGGAGGAGCAGGUGAGCCGUCUGCAGAGAGAAAAGAACGAUCUGCAAUCUCGUUUCGAGGAGGAUCAGGAGGACAUGAAUGAACUCAUGAAGAAACACAAAGCUGCAGUGGCUCAGUCUACAAGAGAUCUGGCACAAAUCAGUGACUUACAGGCCCAACUGGAGGAAGCCAUGAAGGAUAAACAAGAGAUCCAGGACAAGCUUCACUCCCUGCAGUCACAGCUUGAUUUUCAAGAACAGUCCAUGGUGGAAAAAUCGCUGGUCAGCCGUCAGGAAGCCAAAAUUCGGGAAUUGGAAACCAAACUUGAAUACGAGAGGACCCAGACCAAACGUCUGGAGAGUCUGGUUACGAGGUUGAAGGAGAACCUAGAGAAGAUGACUGAGGAACGAGACCAGCGGAUCAACAGCGAGAACCGGGAGAAAGAGCAGAACAAGCGCAUGCAGCGUCAGGUCCGAGACGUAAAGGAGGAGAUGACCGAACUAUCUAAGAAAGAGUCAGAAGCCAGUCGCAAAAAACAUGAGCUGCAAAUGGAUAUCGAAAGUCUGGAGGCAGCCAAUCAGAGCCUUCAGGCAGAUCUAAAGUUGGCCUUUAAGCGGAUUGGGGACCUUCAGGCUGCCAUGGAAGAUGAAAUGGAAACAGAUGAUGAUGAGGAGCUCAUCAGCAGUUUACAAGACAUGGUGACAAAGUAUCAGAAAAGAAAGAACAAAACUGGUGAUGAUUCUGAUAUGGAUUCAGAAGUGGAAGACCGGGUGGAUGGAGUAAAAUCAUUGCUCACCAAGAACAAAGGAUCCACAAAGUCAGUUUUGGACGAGGGCAGCCUAAAGACCACCAGACACCCAAAUGCUGCUAAUGCAGAUGUCAAAGAUUUAAAAGAAGGUAGGGAAGGAAAAGAGGGUAAAGAGGAAGUAAAGAAAGAUUCAGAUGACAGCCUCCCAGUUUCGGUAAUGAGCUCGCUUAGCUACAGGAAACGGUCUAAUCUGAAAGGUACGGGGGAUGAGAACUCCCUCUUCAGUGCCCUUCGGGAGCAGCCGGACGAUCCUGACCGUCUAUCGCUGCGCAAAGCCAGGAGCAAGUCCACUGACAGGUCUCAAGCUGGUGAUGAUGUAGAUGACCGUGGUUCUGUGAUCUCCCAGGCAUACUCAGAGGCCUCCAUCAGGGCCAGGAAAGGCCUGGAACGCCGCUGGACUAAAAGCAGUCCAGAGUUCGAUAAGGAGUCUAUGGUGUCUUCAUUGGCCCCAAGUCGAGCUUCCGUUCGUCGCGGGUUGGACCAAGAUGAGGAUGCCCGGUCAGGUGUGAGCGGCUUCAGUUUGCGACGUAGUACUUCGUGGAUGGAUGACACUCGUAGUGAUUUUGGGCCAGCGGGUAGCAGUUUAAGCCAGCGAUCUAGAAGCCGGAGUCCCGGGAACACCAGCAUAAGUUCUCGGAUGUCUCUGGCCCGCAGCACCCGGCUUAGUGAAUUUGGAGUUCAUGUGAAUAACGAUGACGAUGAUGACGUUGACUCCGUGAGCGUAGCAGCGUACAGUCCACACUCACAUGUUCGAAGUCUGUCCACUCCCGCCCAGCUACGCUCCUCUGAGAGUCACCUGGACUCCUCCGACAUCAAACCUGUGAGUCAUCGCAACUAUCUGGACCCCGAUUUAGAAAAAGCCAUCAAUGAAGUCCUAAGCUUCAAACCAAUCAAAUUUAAACGUCGCAGCCUGGAAGAUUCAGAUGAAGAAGAAGGUGGAGGUGGUGGAGAGGAUGAAGACAGGAAGAACAUCAAGAGUUCGCUGCGCGACGAUGAAGAUGAAGACAUGGGCCGCAGUGGAUCCAGCCUAAGACGUUCUGCUGUGGAUUCUGGACGUUGCAGCAGCUCGAUAAGUUCCUUCAGCUCAAAGAGCAGCAGCAGCAGCAAGAAGAAGAAGAAGAAGAAGAGCAGACGUUCGGAAUCUGAAAGCUCGUCUUCUGAAGGUCGUGGACGACGACGCUCCAAGCGCAAAGAAAAGAAAGGAUCCAGAAGCUCAAGGAAAGAAUCUGAAUCCUCCGAGUCAGAAUCCGAUUCAUCUUCAAGCACGGCGUCAACAGUCUCAUAUCGUAGCUCGAAUAGCGUGAAGAGAACUCCAGGAAAGAAAACACCAGAUGGAGAUCCUGACAGUCCUACGGAAGAACGGCCACCCAGUAAAAAAGAAUUGAAGAAACAAAAAAAGAAAGUGGACAGUGUGGUGAUGAAGUAUCUUUAUAAGGCCGACAGUGAUUGAGGGUCAUCAACAGCCCCCCUCAAUACAGAUCACACAGACUGCAGGAAGAAGACAAUGCCAGAUUAAAUAACGACACAACAACGACUGAAGAAACUCUUCUUAAAGAUGGCGAUGCCCAACCUUCAGAAAGCUUAGCGUAGAUCUUAUCUUCUGGAAAUUUGUUUCCAUUUGCUUCCCAUUUACCCUGGUACUAACUUGCCACUUUGUCUGUUCUUAACCCUUGAAAGGGCGAGAGCUAUUCAUUGUUGGUCUCCACGUAACCUCAUGCUUUUUUCAUUAGCAGUGUUUUAUGUUUACUCAUGUUUUCAUGCAGAUAUUAUUUAUUUAGAACUCACAUCUCCAUCAACAAUGCGUCCAUGGAAAUGAAGUAAUAUAUUGUGGAAAAGAGAAUCUUUAUGUAAUCUUAUUUUGUUUGUUUUUAUAGCGAGUGCUUCAUGAGAAUUUUUGCCUUGAAUUGGUUGAGUAAAAUGUGUACUUUAGUUUAAUAUAAUGAAUUAGGCUGUUUAUCUUUUUCUUUUGUUAAAACUUCUGUUGAUCUUUUAGAAGUUAACUUAGAACUGCACUGAAUAGCAGCAUUUACAGAUUUUAUUAUAUUGAGAGAUACAUUAUGUUUUGGCCUUAAAUAAUAUUUAAAUUAAGGCAGCAAUAAUUUACUAAUAUAUAUUUGAACAAUGCCAAAAUACAAGAUAUUCAUUAUUGAUGGGAGUCUAAUAUUUUUGUGACGUUGUGUGUGUGUUCAGGUGUGUGCAGAUGUGUGUACUCCCUUGGUUUUCUAUGCAUUAAAUAGGACUUUAAUUAUGAAAAUAACAGGCAAACGUGACAUUUUAUCUGUGCAAUGGCUUAUGCAGUAAAGCAAAGGAUAUAAAAGAGCAAUAUGCAGUAUGUAUACAUAAGAGUUUUGCAUUAGUUUUAUUGUAAAUAAAACUUAUUGAUCCGUU